AUGUCGAAAGAUCCGGAAAAAACAACCCGCGAGGAGAUUGAACAUGAGCUUCACAUCGAGGUUGUGCCUGGCACUGAGGUCAUGGCCGAUGUUUUGAAGCAUCACCUCAUCAAGAGCGAACACUCGACGGUGGUUCUUGUCCCUCAACCAUCCCAGGACCCGCACGACCCUUUGAAUUGGAAAGCAUCAUGGAAAUGGUCUACAUUGGGCGCGGUCUCUCUAAUGACCUUCUCGCAAGGCUUUGCUCCAUUGUCUCUUGCGUCCAUGUUUCCAUACCUUAUUCGAGACUACAACAGCAACCUAGAAGACGUCAUUCAGUUUACGGGAGUGACCAUUCUGCUCCUUGGAUUCAGCAAUUUCAUAUGGGCUCCGAUUUCGUCCUCAUUUGGUCGACGCCCAGUCUUUAUUGUUUCUCAAUUAGUCUGCCUUGCGUCUCAUGUUCUUCGAGCGAAAGCCACAACAUACGGCUCUUUCAUGGGUGCUUGCGUACUCAACGGUAUCGGCGCCGGUCCCUCAGAGACUCUGCAACCGCAAGUCAUCGCCGAUAUUUACUUCCUACACGACCGUGGCCGCUGGAAUACGCUAUACUGGGUCGUUUAUAUGUGUCACGAGUUAUGGCACGCAGCAAUGGGCAUACGGAGUGUGAUUGCGCCGGUUAUUGCAGGCCCGAUGGCGGAUCAUGUUGGAUGGCAGAACUUUUGGUGGCUCAACGUUGCGCUGGCGCUGACAGGUGCCUCCAUUGUCUACGCCUUCUUUGGCUUCCCAGAGACAAGAUGGAUUCGUUCUCAGCCAACUCAAGACGCUGUCACAAUCGAAGUUGCCGACGAGACAUUGAACCCCACUCGGACUGCGGAUAUGGACCCGUACCUUGGCAAGGGAACCCCCUCUAAGCAGCAGUGGUACCUGUUCCAACGCAACUCUUCGCCCCUUAAGACCAUCUGGUUCGACCUCUGGACUCCCUGGAAGCUUUUUGGAUUCCCCAUUGUGGUAUUUGCGUCGUUUGUUGUGAGCUGGAGUUGUAGCAACUUCCUCAUUCUAAACCUCACGCAGUCUCAAGUCUUCGCAGCACCCCCUUAUAAUAUGAGCUCGCAGUCUAUCGGCUUUACCAAUCUGGCAGUUCUUGUUGGUGCGCUGAUUGGACUCGUCACCGCUGGCCCCUUUAGCGAUUGGGUAUCCGCCCGUGCGACUGCUCGAAACAACGGCACCCGCGAGCCUGAGAUGCGUCUCCCUGCUAUGAUUCCAUUCGUGAUCAUCAUGAUAUUUGGUAAUAUUAUCACCGCUAUUGGAUAUCAGAACCACUGGUCCUGGCCUAUCAUCGUAGUCCUCGGUUACGCCAGCGCAGGCAUCCAGGUUGCUGCUUUACCCAGUAUCGCCAGCACCUACGCCAUCGACUGCUACAAGCCAGUGACUGGUCCUCUCAUGGUUGCUAUCACGGUGAACAAGAAUGUGUGGGGAUACGGCAUGGGUAAAUUCAUUACCCCUUGGACAAUACAGGCAGGGUUCAUACCGGCUUUCAUGACCAACAUGGCGCUGACCGUCUUUUUCUGUGCUUGUGGGACGAUAUUUUACUUCUAUGGCAAGACAUUCCGUAGGUGGACUAGGAACAGCACCGUCCACAACUUGUAG